AUGGUGGGCGACAGGGAUGGCGAAGGACUGGCCGUGCGCUGGGACGAUGCAUCCGCGGCGGCCGCGGCCUCGGCGGCGGCACAGGAACAGUCGCAAGUCCAAAACCAGGCCACCGGAACCCCAUCGAUGGAAGUGUCGGACGCCAGAGGCUACCGGUACACGUCGUUGCCGCAGAUGUCGCCGCCGCAGCAGCCGCCGUUCUCCAGCCCCUCGCAGAUGCUGCAGCAGUCGGCGCCCCAGCUGCAGCCUCUCCCGCCACCCCUGCCUCUACCUCUACAACUCCAGAGACCUUACUCCAGAUCCAUGUCCUCCUUGCCGCCGGAGCCGUUCAUGAUCAUGCGAUCCAAGGCGUUGAAUCGCAGGGUCGUGAUCAACGUCGGCGGCGUGAAGCACGAGGUCCUCUGGCGCACGCUAGAUCGGCUGCCGCACACCCGGCUGGGCAGGCUGAGGGACUGCAACACGCACGAGGCGCUCAGCGAACUUUGCGACGACUACUCGCUCAUCGACAACGAGUACUUCUUCGACCGGCACCCCAAGUCCUUCAGCUCCAUCCUCAACUUCUAUCGCACGGGCAAGCUGCAUCUGGUCGACGAGAUGUGCGUGCUGGCGUUCAGCGACGAUCUCGAGUACUGGGGCGUGGACGAGCUGUACCUGGAGUCGUGCUGCCAGCACAAGUACCACCAGCGGAAGGAGCACGUGCACGAGGAGAUGCGGAAGGAGGCGGAGUCGCUGCGGCAACGCGACGAGGAGGAGUUCGGCGAGGAUAAGUGUUCGCAAUAUCAAAAGUGGCUGUGGGACAUGCUCGAGAAACCAACUACCUCUAUCGCUGCCAGGGUGAUAGCCAUCAUAUCCAUCUUGUUUAUUGUGCUGUCCACAAUUGCACUUACACUGAACACCAUUCCAAGCAUGCAGGUAAAUGACGAGAAGGGUAACAUCCAGGACAAUCCGCAGUUGGCGAUGGUGGAAGCGGUGUGUAUCACGUGGUUUUCGUUAGAGUACAUUUUGCGGUUCAGCGCGUCGCCGAACAAGUGGAAGUUUUUCAAGGGAGGAUUAAACAUAAUCGACUUAUUAGCCAUAUUGCCUUAUUUCGUUUCUCUGUUUCUCUUGGAGACCAACAAAAACGCAAACGACCAGUUCCAGGACGUGCGUCGCGUAGUCCAAGUUUUCCGUAUUAUGCGAAUUCUUCGUAUCUUGAAACUGGCGCGGCACUCUACGGGGCUGCAGUCGCUGGGGUUUACCCUUCGCAACUCGUACAAGGAGUUGGGUCUUCUUAUGUUGUUCUUGGCGAUGGGCGUUCUCAUAUUCUCGAGCCUCGCUUACUUCGCCGAGAAGGAGGAGCAAGGUACUAAGUUCAUCAGCAUUCCGGAGACGUUUUGGUGGGCCGGCAUCACUAUGACCACUGUCGGUUACGGUGAUAUUUAUCCAACGACACCACUAGGGAAAGUUAUAGGAAGUGUAUGUUGUAUUUGCGGUGUGUUGGUGAUCGCGUUGCCCAUUCCUAUCAUUGUUAAUAAUUUUGCCGAGUUUUAUAAAAAUCAAAUGAGGAGAGAAAAGGCUUUAAAACGGCGCGAGGCCCUCGAACGAGCCAAGCGCGAGGGCAGCAUCGUCUCUUUCCACCACAUUAACCUAAGGGACGCCUUCGCCAAAAGCAUGGACCUCAUCGAUGUCAUCGUCGACACAGAUGGGUUUGGUUUCUCUUUAAACUGCUUUUCUUCGUUCUUAAAUGUUGACUUGUGCGUUGUCUCGAGUGCACGGCAGUGUGUUGGUGCUGAGAUCGAAAUCAAAAAUUGUGCUGACGAUGACGAUGUCUCGCUAGGACACAAUAUGUCGCACGCGGACGGCAACAGCACAGAGGGAGAGUCCGCCAGCGGCCGGAAUCCCGCCCAGACGGGCACGGGUUGCUACCGCAACUUCGAUCAUUUACCGAACCGACCGAGGCGUAGUGACUCUUCCACGACUCCUUGUCUUCCGAGUGGCGACGGUCCGCCGCCGCAACCGGGCUCUCCCGGCUCCCAGGGGCGGCUCCUCGAACAAGCUCCUUCCGAAGAACAGUCUGAACCCUACCAGGAAAACGCUUCUUUUACCGCUCCGCUGGCCCAGGACGAAACGCAACUCCUACCUAGUUCACCCAAAGGAUAUAUUUCUCCAUCCUCGGCUGGCAGCAAAAAAUAUGACAGAAAAAAUAAUGGGGGAAGAAUUGAAAAACCUGAGGAAUUACCUAGUGAAUUUGAAUGUUGUUUUUGCACCUCAAAGGACUUCAAGGAAUUCGUAGAUGCGGAAAAUCUAAUGCCACUGCCUACCAGCGAGUUUCGUAACCCAGUGUGCAUGGAAAUGAGGACGAUAAGGGCCCAGGAACAGGCCUACAACUUUGCCAACUUUUUGGAGUUCAAUAUGCAAAAUAAAGGAAAUAAUAACGGGGAUUUGGCCAGCAUGGACAGCUCGGACACUUUCGCUAGUUGCACAACGCAUCCCUUCAACUCUCAGGGCGAUUUAACAUCAGACAUAGCCGAUCCGUCUUGCGGGAUGGACAGUAAUCUUUACGUGAAUCCAUUGGAUAAAAGCAGCGAUAAUAGUCCGGUGACCCCUGCACCUCCUGUCACCACAAAUAACAGAACGACUGGAGUGAAAAAAUCGGCGUCCGGCGACACAGCCCUGAGAAGUUUGGCAACGUCGCCUAUGGAUGAAGGGUUCAGAGGUUUCGGCCCGAUGGAAAGAGGAAGCAGGGUCAGUCUUAACGACUCUCCUUUGCCGAAGCACAGAAAAACCAGAUUUCAGGGUGGCAGGCCUCGCACAAGAUUUGGGGAUGCCUUUAAUAGAGAUUCUCAGGAAAGUUUGGAAAAGAAAAAGAAGUCCUUUAUACCAGCAAGGAGUCUGGCUUCGGCCACAAGGAUAAUAAAUCAGCACUUAUUUGGAUUGCAAAAUAUGUCUGGAUCCAGAUCAGGUAAAAACAGUGGUAGCAAAUCUUCCCUAUCGAUCGAAUCAAUAGACAGCCGCACAAGUCCGCAACUGGGGUUGCACCGCCGAUCGAAAUCGAUUUUAAAGAAGUCCGACAGCAGCAGCAACCGCAACGCCGACCCGGAAAGCGAGCGCCUCAUCUCGGACAACUCUUCCGGCUUCGACUGCGGUUCCGGAAACGAAUACUCGCCGAACAAGAGACUGUCUUCGCCGCCGGCGCGUCACCGCACGCUCAGCCAGAAAACUGCAUCGAAAAAUCUGCCGGCUUAUCAGCACGAAUUAGAGAGGACUAGAACAUUAAAGUCGCAGCUGUUUCUGCUCGACGACUAUUUGAAGGAGAAGCAGGCGGCGAAGCAGGAAAAGUUAAAGCAGCAGUGCAGUGAGAGUGUGAGUGAAGUGCCCCUUUACAUUUGUCCGCCGCCUCCGCCGAUGGAGGACCAUUCUCCGACGGAGGAGACCAAAAACUAAAAUCAAUUCUUAGGAUAAAUUAUUAUACAUGGAAUGAAUGGGUAGAAAUGGAAGACCUUUUGAUAUGGAAAAUUAUACAAAAACACGGUGUUUAAAUUAUGAAGUGCUUUGUUGUUGGAGAACAUUAUGCAUAGAGAUUAAUUUAAAAAAUACAUUGUUAUUUUUG